UCUCCAUUCUUUGGUUACGCAGUAUUUCUCUAUAUAUUUUAGAGAAGUACUGCAUUAAUCAUUUGAGUCCCCCCUUUUUUCUUUUAACAAAAACACAAAAACAGAGAAGAAAAAACAUAAAAAAAAAAAUAAAACCCAACAAAACAAUUAAAAUGGCACGCCAAGUGAUUGCUUUGGCUCUCAUCUUUGUAGCCAUUGCCGGUGUGGCAGCUCAGGAGUCACCCAGCGCCUCUCCCAAGGCCUCUCCUGCACCACAGCAAUCAUCAUCAUCAUCAUCAUCACCUUCUCCGUCCACCUCUGCCGCUCCGGUUUCGUCCCCGAAGGCCUCGGAAUCCUCACCAGUUCCAUCAUCUUCCGCUCAAACCCCAUCUCCAUCAUCUUCCGAUGCCCCCGAAGCCGGAUCUCCAAUUUCCGAUCCUCCUACCUCCGUAGAGACUCCCUCUGAUGCCCCUUCACCAUCCUUCUCCGACGUCUCAUCUCCCCCCUUACCCGACAGCGAUUUCUCCGAUGCACCAUCUCCCGGACCCAUGUUUGAUGUAUCUGAUGGACCUGCUGCUGCUGCCCCUGCUGAUGCUCCUGCUGCUGAUUCAGGUGCCUUGGGUCUCAAGGCAUCCGCUGCCGCUGCCGGUGUUGCCUUCGCCGUGGCCUCCUUCUUUGGCUUAUAAUUAAUUAAUACAAACUAGAUAUGCUUACUGUGUUUGUGUGUUUAUUAAUUAGUUUAACCAAGAAAGGAAAGAAUACGUUAUUUACAUUUAUCUUUUUAAGAGGCCUUGUACGUCCAUAUUAUAAGAGACAAUGCCAGGACUUUUUCAUAUAUAAUUCCUUCCUUUUAUUA